GCUAUAUAUAUAGGAGAUGGCAAUCAGCGCGACUUCAGACGCGGGCUGGGUUUCUUCCGCAGCGCAGUAGUCGGCGAAGCCACGUGUGUUUUGCUGUCGGUCAGUGUAGUGCCAUCAAAUAGAUGGUACCAGUGGCCUUUUGGUACCUGCACCCGUUGCUCUAGUGAACACGCUGCAAACGUUUCGAUUCAAAUGUUUGCCAUUCCGUGUACCCUCUCUAGUGUGGAUAUCUAAGGCGUUUAUCGGACCCGAGUGUAGUUACGGUGUGAUUAAAAGUGGUGAAAAAUGAAAUCCAAAAAGGAUCAACCAGCUCCCGUGGCGUACGACAAUCCGACGAUAAGCAUCAACGAUGAAUCGGGUGUCGAGAUUGAGAUGAGCAACGAGACUGGUAAUGGUCACACCAGAACCCAUCGAAACAGCUUUUUAGGACUCAGUGAGCCUUUGCCAAGAUUGGAUAACUACCGACUCUCGCAACGGAAUGCAAAACGACCAUCGAUCGGGAAGUUGCACGGUGAUCGAGACUCUCGUGAGGAAGGAGAGGAAAAUGUUGAAGAAGAGCCGAAACCCACCGGGCACACCAUCCGGCUCGGAUGGGUGCAGGGUGUACUGAUACCCUGCCUGCUUAACAUCUGGGGUGUGAUGCUGUUCCUGCGUCUCAGUUGGGUCGUCGGUGAAGCUGGCAUCGUACAAACGCUGAUUAUCAUCGCCCUCUCCUACCUGGUGUGUGUCAUGACUACGCUAUCCCUAUCUGCUAUCUGCACCAACGGUCAGGUGAAAGGCGGUGGUCUCUACUAUCUAAUAUCUAGAUCGCUCGGUGCCGAAUUUGGAGCCUCCGUCGGAAUUGUGUUUGCUUUCGCGAACUCGGUCAAUGCGGCCAUGAACACGAUCGGAUUCUGCAGUUCACUUAACGAUCUGCUCAGAAGCCUAGAUACAAAGAUUGUGGAUGGAGGAGUCAACGACAUUCGGAUCGUAGGUUCCAUUUUUCUGCUCAUUAUGAUCAUUAUAUGCGCUGUGGGUAUGGACUGGGAGGUGAAGGCACAAAACUUCCUGCUCGUGUUGAUCGUGGUAGCAAUCGGCAACUUCAUCAUUGGCGCCAUCAUCGGUCCUGGUUCUGACGAUGAUUUAGGCAAAGGAUUCCUGGGUCUUUCGGCAAGCCUCAUGGCGGCCAACUUGGGCUCUGGAUACACGGUUUUGAAUGGUGUGCAACAGAACUUCUUCAGUGUGUUUGCGAUCUUCUUCCCGAGCGUGACCGGCAUCCAGAGUGGGGCCAACAUUUGUGGUGAUCUGCGUGACCCAGCCACGGCCAUUCCCAAGGGUACACUGUGGGCCUGUUUGAUUUCUGCCAUUUCCUACAUCUUGUUCUCCCUGAUGGCAGCCGGUGCUGCCGUUCGCGAAGCAUCCGGCAAUGCUUCCGACCUGAUAGAAGUCUCUUUUAAUGCUUGUGCAGCAGGAGUAAGUAGACCUUGUACGAUAAAGCAGUACUACACUGCUUAAACUAACUAUCCAAUUAUCCAUUUAACGCAGAACUGUACCUACGGAUUGCUGCAUGACUAUACCGUGAUGCAGCUCAUUUCCCUGACCAGCGCCAUCACGUACGCUGGUUGCUGGGCCGCAACAUUAAGUACCGCCUUGACGAACAUCCUCUCAGUUCCUCGGUUGAUCCAGGCACUCGGCAUCGAUCGCAUCUACCCCGGAUUGAUCUUCUUCUCCAAGGGUUACGGUAAACACGGUGAACCAUACCGCGGCUACGGUCUCGUGUUUUUCGUUUCCCUAAUUUUCAUCCUGAUCGCUGAUCUUGAUGCCAUCGCGUCGCUCAUUACCAACCUUUACCUCGCUUCCUAUGCUUUCAUCAACUUCUGCACGUUCCAUGCAGCCGUUGUGAAGCCUCUUGGCUGGCGUCCUACCUUCCGCUACUACCAUCCUUACGUCAGUCUACUCGCGACGAUCCUGUGUGUCGCCAUCAUGUUCCUGAUAUCAGUCGUUUCCUCCUUCCUGGCUAUGGCCAUCAUUUUUGUGCUCUACUUAAUCGUCGUUUAUCGGCAACCCGAUGCGAACUGGGGAUCCUCGGUGCAGGCGCAAGCAUACAAAACGGCGCUUAAUGCUACGCUCAACCUCGAGGGUACUAGCGAUCACGUGAAGAACUACCAGCCCCAAAUACUAGCGAUUGCAGGCGAUCCAAUGCAACGGCCUGCACUGAUCGAUUUGGCCCAUCUGAUAACCAAACACAGUGCGCUUCUUGUGAUCGGUAACAUCAUCUCACAACGUCUACCCUACAAACAGCGUCGAACGCUCGCUGCGAUGGGCAGGAGCUACCUGAAGGAUUCACAUAUCCGAGGGUUCUACAAAAUUGUCGAUGGAGUUGACUUUGAUCAGGGAGCUCGCUGUUUGAUCCAAUCGACCGGUUUCGGUCGCCUUGCACCCAACAUACUGAUGCUCGGAUUCAAAACGAACUGGCGCACUUGUGGCCAGCAACAGCUUAAUGCUUACUACAAUACGCUACAUACGGCCUUUGAUAAUCGUCUUGCACUACUUAUUUUCCGAAUGGGUAAGGGAUUGGAUAUUUUCCGUGGACUCUCUCAGGCCGAUCUGUACACAACGGUACCAUCACCUCCGGAAACGACUAUUGCCGUUCCGGCCCGGAAGAUAAUGGCACGCCGCUCGCUUAUGCCAGUCAACUCGAACCUUGAUCUGCACGAGCUAAUGCAAUCGGCUCGCUCAAACCAGACGUCUCCAGCCCCAACAUUCCACGCAGCACCGACCUUCGAUUUCCCGACACCUUCUACCAUGAACGAACCGGAGGCCAAUCUAUUCAAACAGAAGCAACCCAAGGGUACGAUCGACGUAUGGUGGCUGUAUGAUGAUGGUGGUCUUACGAUGCUCCUACCCUAUAUCAUUACCACCCGAUCCAAGUGGGAAAAGUGCAAGAUUCGUGUGUUUGCCCUCUCGUCGGUUAAUAUUCAGGAAGAAGAGCAAAACUUGAAGCUUCUGUUGGACAAGCUGCGCAUCAGCUAUCUGAGUUUGACGAUGGUUAAAGUGACGGACACACCAAAGGACUCGACUAUUCUCGAGCAUCAGGAGCUACUGAGUGCCGUUGUGGAUUACAACGACGAUCUGCCAAUCGUAUCGGAAUCGGAAAGAAGGCAACUGGAAAUCAAGACCAACCGUCAGCUACGUCUACGCGAACUGCUACUCGAGCACUCGAAAGCGGCAUCACUGAUCGUGAUGUCUAUGCCUGUACCAAGACAGGAUACCGUAUCGGCUACACUAUACAUGUCCUGGCUUGAGAUGCUGACCAAGGAUAUGCCACCAUUCCUGCUGGUGCGUGGUAAUCAAACAGAGGCAUGGAGCCAUUCGAAUGGACCGAGGAAACCGAAUGAACCAAAUAUCCAGUGCCCCAAGGAACACGUGUCGGUUGAUGUUCCGAAAGUAGCGAUCUUUACCGUCGAUGAUACUGGCGAUAACAACAUUACCGAGGAGAUAGGGUGGUCUUCCAUUAAUCUGGUAUCUGGAAAUGCUGAUCUCGUGGAAAGCAAUGAUCAUUUGGCCAGUGAUGCUCUGCCACGGUUGGAUCACUAUCGGACGUCGCAGAGAGCUAUUCGCCGACCAUCGAUCGGCCAGCUACAUGGUGACCUCGACGAACACUGUACCAACUCGAACGAUAAGAGUGGCGAGCUUCCGGCGAGUAGCGGCCGCGCUGUUGGGCUCGGUUGGAUCGAAGGCGUACUGAUACCGUGUCUGCUCAACAUCUGGGGCGUGAUGCUGUUCCUGCGGCUAAGCUGGAUCGUUGCAUUGGCUGGCAUACUGGAGACGCUGCUUAUCAUCGGUCUCUCGUAUCUGGUGUGUGUGAUAACGGCCCUCUCAUUGUCGGCUAUCUGCACCAAUGGGCAGGUGAAAGGCGGUGGUAUCUACUAUCUAAUUUCCAGAUCACUCGGCCCCGAGUUUGGUGGAGCCGUUGGGAUCGUUCUGGCCUUUGCAAACUCCGUGUCCGUUUCUAUGAAUACGAUCGGUUUUUGUAGUUCGCUGAAUCAGCUGCUUAAUAGCUUCGGGUUGAAAAUCGUUGAUGGAGCUGUAAACGAUAUACGAAUCGUUGGAACGAUCGUGAUCCUCGUCAUGGUCAUCAUUUGUGUGGUUGACAUGGACUGGGAGAUAAAGGCACAGAACUUGCUCGUUGUUGCUAUAGUGGUGGCCAUCUUUAGCUUCAUCCUGGGUGUGUUCGUUGGACCGCAAACCGAUGUUGAGCGGGCAAAAGGCUUCGCAGGACUGUCGACUGAGCAGUUUCUGGCCAAUCUAGGGCCCAACUAUCGGUUUAGCGAAGGCAUACAGCAGGAUUUCUUCAGCGUGUUUGGCAUCUUCUUCCCGAGUGUCACGGGCGUCCAGGCGGGUGCUAACAUUUGCGGAGAGCUGAAGGAUCCAGCUAAGGCCGUACCGAAGGGAACGCUACUCGCACUCCUGAUAUCCAGUCUCUCGUACAUCGUCUUCGUAUUUCUAGCCGGUUCCGCUAGCUACCGUGAUGCAUCGGGAAUUGUAACUGAUCUUGUGAAUGGUACAUUCAUCAGCUGUCGACCAUCAUCAUCAUCUUCCUUCGAAGUGCUGAUGCGUUUGGAUACGCACUGUCCCUAUGGUUUGCAUAACGAUUACUCCAUCAUGCAGCUGAUGUCGAUCUCAGGAGCCCUCAUCUAUGUUGGAUGCUUCGCCGCUACUUUCUCAUCCGCACUGACCAACCUACUAUCCGUACCACGGAUCAUACAAGCACUGGGAACCGAUCGAUUGUAUCCUGGAUUAACAUUCUUUGCCAAAGGAUACGGCAAAUGUGCCCUGCCGUAUCGAGGGUAUGCACUCGUGUUUGGCAUUUCCAUGCUCUUCCUGCUGUUGGCCAAUCUGAACCUGAUCGCCCCACUGAUAUCUAACUUUUAUCUCGCAUCCUAUGCCCUCAUCAACUUCUGUACCUUUCAUGCAGUGACCGUGUCUCCGAUAGGCUGGCGUCCAACUUUCCGCUACUACAAUCAAUGGGUCAGCCUGUUCGGGACCGUUCUCUGUGUAUUGAUUAUGUUCCUGAUCGACAUUAUCGCAACGGGUAUCACGAUGGUGCUGAUCUGUGUACUGUAUCUGGCUGUAAUCUAUCGCAAACCGGAUGUAAACUGGGGCUCAACCACACAGGCACAAACCUACAAGACCGCUCUAACGGCUGCCUUGCGAUUGCGACAUGUUGGCGAUCACGUAAAGAACUAUCAUCCCUCGAUACUCGUGCUCACGGGAAAUCCUAGCACACGAUUACCGCUGAUUGACUUAGCGCAUCAGAUCACUAAGAAUCACGCCCUGAUGAUUGUAGGAGACGUCGUGCAAGAGCGAUUGUCUUACCGGAAACGUGAACACCGAUCCACUGAAAGCCGUAAGCUAAUGGAAGAGCGGAAAGUUGGUGCCUUCUAUCGACUGAUCGAUGGUAUUGGGUUAGGGCAAGGCGUUCGUGCGCUCAUACAAACGUCGGGCGUAGGCAAGCUGACUCCCAAUAUCGUCCUAAUCGGGUACAAGGCAGACUGGACUGUGUGCUCCGAAGUAGAACUACAAACAUACUACAACAUUCUGAAUGACGUAUUCGAUAAUCGUAUGGCACUGACGGUUCUGCGGUUGCCGGAUGGGCUGGAUUUAUCACAUUUCAUCGUCGAGAGUGACACAAACUCCGGUUUGGGUCUGGGUAUGCCAUUGAAUGAAUCCAUGUCCAGCCUGCAACCGGGCACUGAUCCUGCUUCCUCGCGACACACCCUUAUGUACAUUAACUCUCUGCUUGAACUACAAAGCUUGCCUACAAAGCAACAACCGCGAAACAGUUCCCUCUCGGUGCGUUCGUCCUGCUCCAUGGGAACCGCUACUCCGGGUUAUGAUGGCUCCUUUCCGCAGCAAACGCUCAAUCAGCAACAGCUGUUCCGCUGUAAGCAACCUAAGGGUACGAUCGAUGUUUGGUGGCUCUAUGACGAUGGUGGCCUUACCAUGCUGAUACCGUACAUUCUAUCGCUUCGAUCUCAAUGGUCCCAGUGUAGUGUUCGUGUGUUUGCCCUCUCUAACCAGCAGCGUCCACAGGAAGAGGAACGAAAUAAUAUGGCUCAUCUCCUGGCGAAGCUUCGGAUCAAUUAUUGCUCAUUGACGAUGCUAGCGGAUUUGUCACAGCUCCCACAACCGGAAACAGUGGCCAUGCAUGGGAAGCUACUGCAGCAUUUGGUGGACACUUCGAGCCAACUUACACCUCCGAAAGAACAAAGCAACAGCUGGGAAUUGGGCAUACUGGAAGACAAAACGCACCGACAGUUGCGCUUACGAGAGAUGCUGCUGGAGCAUUCGAGCAAGGCUAAUUUAAUCGUAAUGUCCAUGCCUAUGCCCCGAUUGGGUACCGUUUCUGCUCCCCUCUACAUGUCAUGGCUGGAGAUGCUGACCAAAGAUAUGCCACCAACGUUGCUGGUACGAGGAAAUCAAACAUCAGUUCUAACGUUUUACUCUUGAGGCGCUGAAACACAUAUACCGACGGAUCAUUCAAUACCGAAGAGCUAAAAUUUAUUAUCUAUUACAUGACAAUUAUACUUCACUACUUCCGCA